UUUGUUAGGGUAGUUUAUAAAGAAAUGUUAACGUCCAAUGCAAGCGAUUUACAUCGUUAUCUCAGCAGGUUAUAUGUUUGUAUAUUAGGUCAAAGGAAGAGCAUACACAAACUGCAACAGCGAUCAAUGCAUUUUUAAUUUUCUUUCUUUUUUUUUUUUUUUUUUUACAGUUUAUACCAUUUGAAAAUAAAAAAAUAAGAUACAAAAAUGCUGAAAACUUGCGGGAAGAGGUUUUUGCUCUCCAUCGUUGGAGCUACUUUUACCUGCCUGGUUGUGCUGUUUGUGACUCAGCAGCAGCAGCGAAGCCAGGUAGAGGCCGUCCCAAACGGGAGAGAGGUCGGGAUGCGCUCGUUGCAGAGCUUUGAGAACCUGGCGGAAAGUCACAACACACAGGAGCCGCAACUGAGCCAGCCCGAACCUCAACAGCAGGCUUCUAACCCGGAGCAAGGGAAGGGCUUCUCGGCUUAUUUCACUAAACUGACCCGGGAGAGGAGGGAAGCAGAAAAUACGGAAAGCAACCAUCAGCCUGCGACAGAGAAACCGCAUAUGGAAGACAUCACACCGAAUGAUAUUUUCAUCGCAGUCAAGACCACCAAGAAGUUUCACCAAGCCCGACUGGAGCUGCUCCUAGAUACCUGGAUAUCGAGAAACGUGCAACAGACUUACAUCUUCACAGAUGGAGAGGACGAGGGGCUAAAGAAAAGAAUAGGAAGCCAUGCCAUUAACACAAACUGCUCAGCUGCACACAGUCGGCAAGCUCUGUCCUGCAAGAUGGCAGUGGAGUACGACAAGUAUAUAGAAUCUGGGAAAAAAUGGUUCUGCCAUGUGGAUGAUGACAACUACGUGAACAUGCGGACUCUGGUGAAACUGCUCUCCAACUACCCCCACACUCAGGAUAUCUACAUCGGCAAGCCCAGCCUGGACCGGCCCAUCGAAGCCACGGAGAGACUCGGAGACAACUUAAUGCGGCCAGUAAACUUUUGGUUCGCUACUGGUGGUGCUGGGUUCUGUAUCAGCCGUGGUCUGGCAUUGAAGAUGAGCCCAUGGGCAAGUGGCGGACACUUCAUGAACACAGCAGAGAAAAUCCGUCUCCCUGACGACUGCACAAUCGGCUACAUCAUCGAGUCUGUGCUGGGAGUCAAACUGAUCCGCAGCAACCAGUUCCACUCUCACCUGGAGAACCUGCAGCAGGUGCCCAAGUCUGAACUCCACAAGCAGGUGACAUUGAGCUAUGGAAUGUUUGAAAACAAGAGGAAUGCCAUUAACAUGAAGGGGGCUUUCCCUGUGGAGGAGGACCCAUCCAGGUUCAAGUCUGUACACUGUUUGCUGUACCCAGAUACCCCCUGGUGCCCCUCUUACGUUGUCUAAUAACGGCAACCCACCCUCUUGUUAUCCUCGUCCUGUGCCGCCCUGGUAUCUGAAGGGCCCGUGGGACCAGUGUCAAAUUCAGCUGUGAAGCUACUGUGUUUUUGCUGCAGUAAUGCACAGCGUUUUGUUAGUUUUAUAUUGAGCUGCUGUGCGGCUCGCUAUUAUGUUACAGACUUUUCUUUUAGUGCUGUUGCUAUCACUCCUGCUCCUCUACCCUUGUCAAUUUGGUAUGUCACAGAGCAAUGCUUGGGGGUUUGGAGGAGGGAGCCGAGAAAUCAUAUAUAUAUAUAUAUAUAUAUAUAUAUAUAUAUAUAUAUAUAUAUAUAUUAAUAUUACUUCACAUGGACUUUGGUGUGUGGUGUACAGGCAGUUCUCUUUGCUUGUAAUUUUGUAAAUGUUGCUUAUGAUGUAUUUGCAAUUCUCAUAGAAUUGUGCAUUUAUAUUGCUAUGCCUGUGCCAGCUUUUACAUGCAUUCCCUUCAGUUUUUUUAUCUUGGCUUUUUAAAAUGUUUUGUUUUUAUUUUAUCAUAAUCAUCGACUCCGGAUACAAUAAUUGAAAUGAAGUUUCUUUUCUUUUUCUUCAGACAUUUCAGUGUUACAAUAUUUAAGCUGGCUGUAGGCAGUUUCUAGAUGUGAGCUCAGAUAUUUAUUUCUGAGGUGCAUCGCUAUGAAGCACUUUCCCCUUAUUAAAAAUGUCUGAGUAUAAUCACAGAUUGAUGCAGGUUACGCUAGUAAUCUGUGUUGAAACUGAAGGAAGACUUAUGACCCCAAAAUAUAUAUUUUUUCAUAGAUCUUGUGAUUUUUAAUAUGAUUUAUUGCAUUUUCAACAAUCGAAGAAAAAAAAAAGAUAAUAUAUUAGCAAUAUUUAAAAUUAAAUGUUACAAUCAUCUUUAAAGUGUGUUUCAUAGAGACAUGUAAAAAAAUUGCAUGUUUUCCUUUAUUACAAAAUGCUGCCUUUUUGUGAUCUUUAGCUGUAAAGGGAUAUCACAGUAGAUAAGUAAGACAGUAAAAUUGCUUUAUGGUGAAAUUGCUUUAUUGCUUCACACUUUUUUUUUUAAAGACGGUCCAAAUGACUAUAUGUACAGCACAUAUAAAGCAUGCACCUACAACCAAAUGAAAAGAUGAAGAAAUAUGUAAAAAAAACAAAAAGAAAACUACUGUGAAAAUGUGGGGCUGUUUGAAAAGGAAAGGGGAUGUUCAUGAAAGGCAGCAUUAAUCUAAAUGAGAACGCAGAGCUUUGAUCUCUGUGACGAUGUCCCAUACUGGGUACACUUGUAAAUGUUCAUUUGAAGCAGUGUUUGUUUACUGUGCUUUUCUUUCUCAUUUAACUAUGUAUAUAUGUUUCACAAUUGAAAAAAGAGAAUUCUGUGGAUCAGAAAUGCUUCCAACAAACUUUUUAAAUGAUGAUGAUGUUUACUGCUUGUAAUCAUUGCCCUUUCCUCUAAUUUAUAUUCCAGUAUCUGGAAUUUCUUUUUUUUUUUUUUUUUAAUUAUUUUUAUAAAAAUUGUACAUAUAAAAAUACAAACGCUUCUCAGGGAUAAUAACCUGAUAUUGUUACCAUGGAAACUCCAAUGGUACCCAUCAUUUGCUUUUAAUAAAGCAGCUUAAAGGCUGAUAAACCUCA